AUGAAUUCUGAACCAUUAUUUGAUAAUACUGAUUUGACAGCCUCAAAUAUGUCAGAAAUAAGUUGUGGUGGGAGUUUAUGUUUAUCUACUAAAGAACAAUAUAAAGUUAUAAAUAGAAAUCAGCUAACAAAAUUGGAUUUUCCAUUGUUUAGAGCAGGUACAACAAGUAUUGAAUGUGGGAUGUCAUUAAUGGAAGAAAUUUCUGAAAUUGAAGAUGAAUAUGAAAAUCCAUUUGAAAGUACACAGAAAAGAAAAAAAAUUAAACAAUUGUUUGAAAAAAUCAAAGAUAAAUCUAAAAAAGGAUAUUCCAGUUUAAGAAAGUCGAUUUCAAAGAUUGGAAUGAAAAUAAAGAUGAAAAUGGGAUCAGAAAAAACAAAGGAUAGUAAAAGUAAUGAUGAUGUUUACCAUAAAAGUAUUUCUAGACUUACCUCAAACUGUAGUAAUGUUGGAAAAACAAAAGCAUCUUUAAGUUUAUCAAAAAUAAGAUUAUUCAACAAAACUCAAAUAUUGUCUACAUCUAGAAAAGCUAAAAUACAAAGAAAAGUUAGUCAAGUUUCAAAUAAAGCUUCUUAUAAGUUAAAUACAAAAUGUUCAUAUAUUUCAAAAAGAUUUGUCUCUGCUUCAAGUUCUAUUAAAUCAAAGAUUGUAUAUAAUUGUUAUAAAUUACGUAAUAUGAUUGGAGAUAAAUUCCCAAGAAGAAGUUCUAAGUUUGUUUUAUCUUUCAAAAAGAGCUCGGAAGACGUUGAGAAAAAGAUGAUGAAUUGCAACCAUUAUCAGAGUAAUGAAUUAAUCUACGAUUCGAUUGAGUACAUAAGUAGAAAUGCUGAUGAUAUUGAAGAAAUUCACAUAGUUACUAAUGAUAUUCAAUCCAAUUUAAACAUUGAAGAGUCAGAAGGAAAAGAUAUAUCAGUAAAUAAUCAAAAUUAUAAUGCUGAAAAAGAAGUUAGUAGUGAGAAGUCCUCAAUUAAUGACUCUCAUUCUGAUAAUAUUAGCAAUAACUCCCCAAAUAAUGAUAAUCAUCAAAUUGAGAUAGAUUUGAUAAAAAAUGAAUUUUCUGGACUUGAAAGUAAUAACGAAGUUGAUGAAACCACCCCUACUACAACUAUUGACUCUUUUCUUAGACUAAGCUCAAUGGACUCAACUUGCACAACCAUUCAUAAUGAUACAAAUUCAAACAAUUCAUUUCCUGUGAUUCCGAGUAUAGGAAAAGCCAUGGAACGGAUGGAGUCAUUGUACCAGGAAAUUAUUCAAUUAAAAAACAAAAACCAUACAAAUCCUCUUAAAUUUGAAAAAGAAGAUAUGGAAAUCUUCGAUUCAAUGAAGGAAAUUGUAGCGAAUUUAAAUACAUACAAAGAUGAAAAAGAAACUCUCAAAACAAAUGAUAGUUAUGAAGAAAUAAAUGAUGAAAGUUUAAAUAGUAGUCAUACAAUCACUAAACAAAAACAACCACAAUACGAUUUAUUAUUAACACUUUUGAGGCAAACCCUACAAUACUAUGAGAAUAUCAAAAACUCAUACUCAGAAUCUGAGCUUAAAGUUAAAUCUAGUGAUAAUGAACAUAUUAAACAUCUUAUUAUUAAUGCGAUUCAGAAAUUAAAUUCGAGCGGGGUUUUACAUGCAACAAAAGUUUAA